GGCACAGGGAAGAAGAAGAAAGACAAAGACGACAAGAACAAAAUUUUGGUGGCAGAAUUCAGAGUCUCAAUGCAUUGCAAUGCUUGCGAAAGAAGUGUUGCUAAAGCCAUUUCCAAAAUUAAAGGGGUGGAAACUUUUAUGACGGAUAUGCCGAGAAAUAGAGUGGUGAUAAAGGGGAGAAUCAAUUCUGAGAAAGUUGUGAAGAAAAUAAAAAAGAAAGCAGGGAAGAGAGCUGAAAUCUUGAAGAUUGAAGAAGUAGAAGAUGGCAGCAAAAAAGAUCAAGGGGCUGCAGCAGCAUUACAGGAAACUCCAUGCCAAUAUUUGCAAAUUCAGCAAUCUUUGUUGCUUGAUCAUCCUUGUUGGGACAAUGAGGUCUAUAAUAUGUUCAGCGAUGAGAAUCCAAAUGCUUGUUCAAUUAUGUAA